UUCAGAUCAGGGCCUUUCUCUCCAUUCUCCGUCCUGCCCGGAGCAAUGUCUGGAGAAAUAGUCUACGCCGAUGUCCGACUUCCCAGAAAAAAUUCCACCCCUUCCAGCCCUUCUGCCCCAAUACAAUCCCAGGACUCUCCCAAAGCCGGGCUGAGGCCUGGGGCUGCUCUGAAAGUGGCAGGUGCUGUGAUCAUUCUCCUCCUGGUGGCAGUUAUCACGCUGAGUGUCUUAGCGGUACCCAGACGACGAACGUGCCCAGCGGACUGGAAGCUGAACCAUGGGAAAUGCUAUUGGAUUUCCAACUCAAAUCAUACAAAAAACUGGAGUGGAAGUAAUGCAUUCUGUGUGGAAAACAAGUCAAAUCUGGCAAAGAUUCAAGACUUGUGUGACCUGGGCUUCAUCUGGUCACAGAUACCAGCAUCAAAGUAUUAUUGGAUUGGGCUGCACAUUCCAAAAUCUAGGGGAAACUGGACAUGGCUGGACGGCUCUGCUCUUGACUGGAGCCUGUUCCAUGUAAAACCCCCAGGUGGCAUGGACACAUGUGCUGCACUUUCACGGGAUGGGAUUUACCAAAACAAUUGUAGGGGUGAAAAUCCCUGGAUCUGCCAGCAGUAGAGUGGCCCCCUGAGUCCCAAUAAGGUUCCUGCUCUCUGACUCUGGAUCUGACAGAGGAGCACAGCCGGCAUGUGCUCUCCAUCUGUUCUCUAAGGUCCCAGCUUGCCCUGGACCAAGGAAAUGGGACCAGGAAUGUCCUUGGGUUUCAUCCUUUUCAUUCGGCAUUGAGAUGGGUGGUGACUAAAAAAAACCAGACUGUUCCAGCAAGAGAAGAAAAUUGAGUUUUCAGUCCCAUUCCUCCUUCUCGCUCUGGCAUCGGCAGGAAGAACCUGAAUCAAGAAAGAGGAUGAGAAGUAUUUGAAUUCAGAUCCUUGAGCUCCCCCAGAUUUGUCUCCAACAUCUCCUGAGCCUAUUGGUGAUUCUUCGGUGGAUACAUCUACCCAAAGAACACGGCAGGACAUUUUAGUAAUGAGAAAAAGACUAACAGAUCUGGCCUAUGGCUAAGUAGGGAAGGGCUAGCGGCCUCAUUUUAAUUCUAACAAGAGUAGACUUAGCAGGAACUUGUCAAGGAAGAACAACCGCCUAAGGCAUUUAUUUUUGCCACGGAAGUUGGUCUGGGAGUCUAUAUGAUUUACAGCUGCUGUCCCGGUGUUCAGGCUGCUGUAUGCUUCUUCCAGCAACACUGUCAACCUGAAUCCUGAGAUCUGCCCUGUGGAUGCCCAAACCAGCAGUGAGGAAGGGAUGGAAAUUCCGGAACAAUGUCUCUGAAGGUGAAACCAAACGUUCCUCGGCCGAGAUGGGCGAUGGGACCAGCACUGUAGAGAACUCUGUGUGACCUGUCCAUAACAUUCUAUGGUUAAUAUCAUGUUCUGUCAACUUGGCUUAUAGAGACACGAUCAAUGAAGUACUGCUUAAUUUCA